CAUUAAGCAGUUUAAAACAGUUCCUACCCGACAUUUUGGACGGUUGCUGAGUAACAGAUGAUGGUGUUAUAGCUACUGAGAGACGAAAUCCACUACGGGGUGUACAUACUUCGAGACUACGAGUUGUGCGAGUUAUUGCUGCAUCUGCUACGGCUGCACUGCUGGUUUUAUUUAUCUCGGCGAAAUUAGAUGGAGUUGUUUAUACGGUUUAAUGCUAAGUUAUGUAUUGCUAGUUAAUUUAAUAGUUAUAGUUAUAAUUAAGCAUAUUGAAUUAUUUACACUAUUAUUUUAAAAUGUUUUACAAGUUUAUUUUGAUUAUUUAGUAUAUUUUUAAUUUUUGUCGGCUGUUACUGUGAUUAUUGAUAUAUUUUUUUUGUUUGUUCAAAAUAUUUUAUUAUGUUUUGAUAUUUACUUAAUUAGUUAACAUGAGCAGCCCCACCAAAGCAACAUGCCCUUACUGUCCGGGAUCACCUAAGUUGUACGUGGUGCCUCGGGGACUUCAUGUUCACAUUACUAAAAUGCACCGGGAUGUGGCCAAUCCUGAUCCGGGAGCUAGUCCGAGCACUCCUAAUUCAAACCUUGCUUUGCCACAGCCCGUUCCGACAAUAACGGUUACGCCGACGGCUCCGGGACAUAGCUUGGAGGUUUUGCCGUCCUUGAAAUCGAGCGUACGCGUUUUGAGACAUAUCCCAAAGGGAGCGCGAAGUCUCGCUGCCGGUAAACUAUGUGACGUGAUAAACGAGGCGCUGCGUACAAAUGAGACCGAAGAUUGGUUAGCGUUACUUUCUUUUUCUUUUUCGGCUCUAAGGGUUCCGGAGAGUAGGUCUAACAAAUCCCUUACAAGUCUUGUCAAGGAAAAUAUUGAAAAUUCAGAGCUAUUCCUGCCCGAUGGCUGUGUAGGUCAUAAGUCGAGCUCUAAAUAUCGCGCAAUAGAGGCUAAAGUCUAUGACGGCGAUUUAAGAGGUGCGGUUCGUUUGCUUAUGUCGGAAUCAUCAUUGGCGCCUAUAAAUGAAGACACGUUAGGAGCAAUGCGUGAAAAGCAUCCGUCCCCUUCUAAACCACCGUCUUUCCCACCAGAGCCGGACCGACAUAGUGUUCAUUUGUCGGUAGCAUCAGCUGAGGUGGCUAAGGCGUUGGGCUCAUUCCAUAACGGGUCCGCUUCGGGGUUAGAUGGUCUGAGCCCGCAGCAUCUUAAGGAACUGACGUCCUCAUCCGCAGGCAGUAACGGGCCACGUUUGUUGGAAUCAUUAACCUGCUUGUGCAAUUUCCUUCUAAAAGGGAUGCUUAAUUUACAGGUGACGCCUUAUUUGUACGGAGCAUCGUUGUGUGCCCUUUCCAAAAAAGAUGGGGGUAUAAGGCCGAUCGCUGUGGGCAGUGUGAUUCGGCGUCUUACAGCAAAGCUGGGAUGUCAAGCAGUGAGAGACGUUAUGUCACAAUACUUACAGCCGCACCAGAUCGGGUUUGGUACGACAAGGGGUUGCGAGGCGGCUAUACAUGCUACCAGGACUUUUGUUUUGGAACGCGAUAACACGGACAGUGUCCUUGUCAAGGUAGAUUUGAGAAACGCCUUUAAUUGCCUUAACAGGGACGUUAUGUUGCAGCAGGUCUUGGAGCGUGUGCCGUCUCUCUACCCCUUUUUGUAUCAAUGUUAUUCCGCCUCGUCUAACCUUUACCUAAAGGACGAAUUGAUUAGUUCUCAGGUUGGAGCACAACAAGGUGAUCCUCUAGGUCCCCUGAUUUUCUGCCUGGCUAUACAGCAGACCAUUGUUAAGCUCAAGUCUCCGCUUAACGCGUGGUAUCUUGACGAUGGUACUAUCGGGGGUAAGCCGGGUGAAGUCAUGGAGGACUUACAGCUAUUGAUACCAGCCUUGAAAAAUGUGGGUUUAGAGGUGAACCCAACAAAGUGCGAGCUUUUCACGUGCGGGCCAGUGUCGAAAUUUCAUUUGGAUAAUUUGGAGUCUCUAUUGCCUGGGAUUAAAAUGGUUGACAAGACGGGGUUAUCAUUAUUGGGGGCGCCUAUUUUUCUUGAGGGGGUCAGCGCGGCUUUACGGAUGAAGAAGGAUGCUCUCGUUAAUGUUAGGGACCAUUUGCUCAAUUUGUCAUCCCAUGUCGCUUUGACGCUGUUACGGAACUGUUUUGCCACGCCUCGGAUGACUUACAUCCUCAGAACAUCCCCAACGUGGAAAUUUGUUAACGAGGCUAAGGAAAUCGAUCGUGAGCUCAGGGUGACUUUGGAGAUGGUGUUGAACGUGGAACUGAGCAACACCCAGUGGGUUCAGGCUGCUCUUCCCAUAAGAUAUGGGGGUCUAGGGAUACGCGCGGUUGAGGGGUUGGGACUAGUUGCAUUUCUUGCAUCAGCUCACGGGGCUGCGGAUCUUGUCGCUCGCAUUUACCCUGAAUAUGGCGGCAAUUUUCCAGUCUCGUACGUUUCUGAUGCACUUGCACAGUGGUCGGACACAAUCCCCUGCGGUAAGCGGCCUGACAACCCUGUUAUCCAAAAACAGUGGGAUGACAUAUUGAGCAAGCGGGUAUAUGAUUCGCUGGUGGGUGGUGCAUCGGGCGUUGAUCUGGCGCGCCUUAAAGCCCUCGAACGGGCUGAAUCUGGGGCGUGGUUACAUGCCUUGCCUUCGCCUCAGCUUGGUACGCUGUUAGAUAAUGAUUCGUUACGAAUUUCAGCGGCUCUUAGGCUGGGGGCAAGGGUGUGUGCGGCUCACCGUUGCCGCUGUGGAGUGAUGGUUGAGGAAGAUGGGCACCACGGCCUUAGUUGCCAAAGGUGUGCUGGGCGGUUCCCGAGGCAUCACUCAAUUAACGAGAUCGUGCGUCGCGCGUUGGUCUCUGCCAAUGUGCCUUGCGUCUUGGAGCCACCGGGGUUGAGUCGCACAGACGGCAAACGGCCAGACGGACUGACCUUGGUUCCGUGGCGAAGGGGGCGCUGUCUCGUGUGGGAUGCAACUUGUGUCAGCACUUACGCUGCAUCCCAUUUGAGGCAGACUACAAGUUGUGCUGGCUCAGCGGCGGAGUCCGCGGCAAAGUCUAAGCACACAAAGUACUCCGCGUUGGAAACCGCUUAUGACUUUGUGCCGGUGGCAAUUGAGACAGCGGGGCCUUGGGGUUCAGAGGCUCACUCCUUUUUCAGGGAAUUAGGGCGUCGUUUGCGGGAGAGGGCUGCGAUCCUCGUUCUGGGUCGUAUCUGGUCCAACAGGUCUCCAUUGCAGUUCAGCGGGGAAAUGCGGCGGGUAUAA